AGGUAACAGGUUGUCUUUAGCCAAUGUUUUCCCUGGGGAUUAGUAGUUAGGGCUGUCAUAUUCAAAGACAAGUCUUUUACUGUUACUUUAUCAGCUCUCAUGAAGAAGAACAGCAGGAAGUAACAGAGGAACAAUAGGCAGAGUGAAAUAUAAACUUUGCCGUAAUAUCAGGAUGUCCGCUCCUGUCUCAGGUAGGAAGACCCCCGUGGACUAUGGGGUACAGAUUCGCUUUAUAAAUGACCUGCAAGACACCGGAGGGGGGGUGAGUGGGCAGCCUCGAAAAGAGGGACCCAAAAAACAGUCUCGCUAUGGAGUAGCAGUGAGGGUGCAGGGCAUCGGUGGGCAGCCCUACGUUGUGCUGAAAGAUGGAGAAAAAGGAGAUUCAUAUGGAGUACAGUUAAGAACCCAAACACCUGCCUACAGCAGCCUGCCUAGGAGGAGAGAGGAUGGGGUAAUCCAGGGGCCGUAUUUCUCUUCUGGAGAGUAUACCCAACUGCGCCGGGCUCAGUCUCACGGCUCCCUGUUGGAAAGAGAAAACAGCAGCGAAGACUUUACAGAUCAACUCCGACGGCCGCUUGGUGAUGGACGCUCUGGUAGCUACGGCAACCUGGAUGGAGGUGUUGGUAUGGGACCAGAGAGGGCGCGGCCUUUAGAAAGGAUGGAGAGAAAUCAGUGGGGUGGCUCCUACCAGACAGGGCUGAAUGGCACUUUGGGAAGAGGGAGAGCCGGAGGCAGUCAUUACACCUCAUCCGAAUCAAUUGAAAUGUCUCCACAUGACCAGCAAACUCUCAGCCAAUCAGCUCAGAGCUCCAUUCGUCAGACUCCUCCUCACAGACUCGUCGACAGGUUCGACGGGGGCUCUGCUGCACAGGCGGAUAAAACUGGAACCACUACCAGGGGGCGCUAUCCCAUCAUAAAUGCAGACAACAGACCCACCUCAACCUCACCAUUACCUGUUUCACCUCUCGUUUCAAACACAUACUCUUCACCACUGUCUUCCUCCCCUGCUUCUACCUACAGCAGCCUGGGACGUGGUUCUGGUUCUGUCGCCAAGGUCAUGGCUGUCUCUUCAUCUGCUCCAGUUGAUGCACAUAUAACCCCUGACCUGUUGAUGGACCAGGGUCAAAGUUCAGGGUCAGAGUUCUCAACCGAAGAUCAGAUACAGCAAAUAAUAUACGAUGUUCUACGUCAGGGGAGUACAGAGGGAGAUGCUUCCAUUAAGCACAGAGUUCGAGUCAUCUGUAAUAAGAUUCAAGGCCUGAAGGUGAGCAGACCUGAUGACUUAAAGGAGGAGCUUGAGAAAUGUCUGGAUGAAAACGUACUACUGCAGGAACAGCUGGGAAGGAAGAACACAGAGCUGCACCAAAUACAUUCAGAGCUAACUCAGUUGCGAAUGGACAGAGAGAAUGCAGAGUCUCAUGUUAGAGAGGUGGAGGAUCAGCUGGCAGGACUACAGGAGGAGCUGAGAAGAGAGACAGACAACAAAGCUCAAGCUGACACUAUGCAUAUGGAGUUGAUGGCAGUGAGAGCUGAUUUGGCUGAAGCUGCAGCGCUGCGUCAGAAGCAGGAGGACAUUCUGAGGCAGAGAGAGAGGGAGCUGACUGCUUUAAAGGGGGCACUGAAAGAUGAGGUCUCCUCACAUGACAAGGAGAUAGAAGCUCUCAGAGAGCAGUACAGCCAAGACAUGGAGCGACUACGAGCAAGCAUGGAGCAGGUUUCACAGUCUCAGGCAACUAUUGAAGCUGAGCGUCACCGUGUGAACUCUACGGUAAGGUCUCUUCAGCAGCAAUUGGAAGAGAGCAGAGAUGAGGGAAACCAUUGGAGAGAGCAGUUCCAGUCCAGUAGAGACGAGCUACGUAACACCAAACAAGAGUUACUCCAGUCUCGUCUGGAGAAAGAGGAGUUUGAAGAGGAGCUGAAAGAUCUGCAGGAGAAAGUCAGCACAAUGAAACAGCAGUUACCAGAUCCCAAACAGACACAGACAGUCAGUCAGGAACUUGAACGUUCUCAAGCUGACCUGCAGAAGGCCCAGGCAGAUAUGAAUAAAUUAAAAACAGAUCUCGACAAGAAGACAAUGGAAAUCGUUUUAUUAAAGAAGAGCAAACAGGAGCUUGAAGCAGAGCAGAAAUAUGAAAUUGACAGGCUGAAGGACCAGUCACGCAGAGAUAAGGAAGAGCUCACAAAAGCUCAUGAGAGGGCCAAACAGCUAGCUGAACCCUCAUUGGUGGAGGCUUUGCGCGGGGAGUUGAGUGACAUGCGAGAGGAGGUGGGCCGACUGCGCAGUCAGCUGCUCUCAGCUGAAGAAGAGCUGCAGGCAGAGAGAGACAAACUCAGCUCUGCUCAAACCCAAGCAAACAAUCUGACACAUGAGCACAAGGAGCUCGAGGAAACCAACACGCGUAUGAAGGAGAAGCUCACACGCCUGGAGUCUCAGCUGCAGGAGCGCAUGUCUCAGAGUAUUGAAGCUGAGCAGGAGCAACAGGAGGAGACCAGGAAACUGAGGCAGCAGCUGGAAGAGUCCAGGCGCGAGAACUCCAGGCUGGGCCUGGAGAGGGACGAGCUGGCUCGGAAUAUGGAAGAGAAGGAGAAGGACAGAGACGCGGUCCGCAAGGAGAACGCGCAGCUCGAUGAUCAGAGGAGGCAGCAGGAUAGAGCACUAGACAAACUCAAUAAAGAGAUGGAACGCUUGUCUGCUGCGUCCCGUGAGGAGGUGCGGCUCCUGCAGGCUCAGCUGGAUGAGCAAAGAGAGAAGUGGAGGAAAGAGCAGCAGGACUCGCAUAAAAACACCAAAGAGAAGCUCAGUGAGCUGGAGAGAGCUCAGAGCACCAUUCAUUCCCUACAGGAGGAGUUGGCCCGUCAAAAGAAGGAGCUGUUCUCAAGUUAUGAGGAACGAGACAAUGCUUUAUUAGAUAAAGAGCUGCUCAGCAAUCGCCUCAAGCAUCUGGAGAGUGAGAUGGAGACUCAGCGUAGCACACAAAACGACCGAUCUCGAGAAAUCCGCAGCUUGGAGGAUAAAAUCAAGCAUUUAGAGCUUGAGUUAGAUGAGGAGAAGAACAGUGCGGAGAUGCUGACAGAAAGAAUCACCAGGAGCAGAGAUCAGAUUGAACAGCUGCGUGCAGAGCUCAUGCAAGAACGGUCCUCCAAACAAGAUCUGGAGCUGGACAAAAAUGCUCUUGAGAGACAGAUAAAGGAGUAUAAGUCUCGCGUAACUGAGAUGGAGGGCCAGUCACGUUCCUCAACUGGCGUGUCUCAGCUGGAGAGCAAAAUCCAGGAACUCGAGGAGAGACUGCGCACUGAGGAGAGAGAGAAGAAUUCUGUAGUGUCCUCUCAGCGACGGUUGGAGAGGAAACUAAAAGAGCUGAACAUCACCCUGGAUGAGGAAAGACAGCAGCACACGGAACAGAGGGACCAGCUGACUCUACGUGUGAAGGCUCUGAAGCGGCAGGUGGAUGAGGGAGAGGCCGAGGCAGAGCGACUGGAGGGAUUGAGGAGGAAGGCCAUCAGAGACAUGGAGGAGCAGCAGGAACAGAAGGAUGCCCUGCAAUCCAGAGUCACAGCGCUAGAGAAUGAACUCAAAAGGAAGAUCCAGCAGGCCCGGCAGUCAGCUCUGGAGUCUUCAGUGCUCAGCUCUGAUGAUGAUGAUGAUGAUGAUGGAUUGUAUGAUCAUUCCAGCAUAACCUCCAUCCUCACCGAGAGCAAUUUACAGACCAGUUCCUGCUGAAGCCGAGAGAGGAAUCUGUGGAAUGAGGCGUCAAUGGGAGCUACCUGUUGAUGCAGUACAUACAAUGAAAAGGAUUGGCGCUCCAUUCCUGGACACAGAGUAACUUCAAUCCUGCUCUAAUAUAAAUGAUAGAUACUGAAACUCCAGUCUUCUGGUUUCCACCCUUAAGCAUUAAUUGCUGCGCCACAUCAACCCCAAUUAUACAUCAUAUUGUACAACCUGGGGUUAAACUUUUUUCUGUCCAUAAAACUGGACAACAUCUGUUCACACAUUUUUAAGACACCUGACAUUUUAUCUGUCAGUGAGUCUAAUAGAUUUCAGUCAUGGCUUUAUUCAUCUAGACCUCAGUUCCACCUUAGAGACCCUUUUGAAAGAAAAGCUUUAAUGAUCCCUUUAAGUUUUGUGUAAAAAAAUGCCUUUUAGAGGAGAUCAGUUCAGAGUUUAAGCCAUUUAGAAACUGAAUUAAGAAUAUAAGACAAUGUGAGACAUUAUGUUAUAUUGUACUUAAAGUAAUUAGGGAUAAAUAGAAGAAACAAGAGUCUUACUUUUGUAUAAAGUGAAUGAAUACAUAUAGAUGGAAGGAAACAUGAUUGAAUUUUUUUAGAGACCAAUCAUGAGAACUAAUGAUUUCAUUAGGUGUAUGUUAAGAGAGACUGAUGGGAGAUAUCAGGGUAUUAGUAGACGGGAAAGGAACACAUCAGUGAACAUUUUCCAAAAAUGCCUGUUAGCACAGGGUAGUCAUGUGAAUGAAUGAAAGAAAAGUAAAUGUUUGCCAUUAAUAGUGUAGUAUAGCAAAAGCAACACAAAUAACAAUGCAGUUAAUAGACCAAAACACAUUAAAAAAUAUGUUAAUCUUACAGGCGAGAAACCGAAAGAUGUGUUUAGUAUCAAAAAAGGUCUAAUAUGUCAUUCUCUGCUUAGACUCCAGCUCUUUAUAAUAUACUUUAGUUUUUUCAGUUGCAGAACGAAAAAAGGCAAAUACGUUCUGUAGGUACGAGUGAAUCAGCACUACACUGAUGCAUCACUGAUGCCAAAAUUCAAUUUAUAACAACAAUAUAAUCACAAUAAACAUUUACAUUUCACCUUCUUGAUUUACAAAUAUUUCUGUACAAACAAUACUGACUUAACUGUAGGUAGCAAUGUCAUUUAGCAAUAUAUAAACAGCCUUUCUAAAUCAAUUGUACUGUAAACAUAUUUUAUACAACUACUAAAGCACAGCCAGUUUUUAUUUUCUUAAAACUUGUUAAUUUUUAAUCGACAGGCUAAAAAAAAGAAAAUCAGUGUUUGUUUUUCCAUCAGGCAUAAUAGAACAAUGACAUUUAUUCAUUUUGUUUGUUCUUUGUUUACUAGCACAUGAUAUACAUUGUUAACUCCAUUUCAGUGUAUUAUAGUAAAGCAAAUUUAUAUAAAGUAAAUUAAUUACUGAUAUUUCCUACCGUUCAUACAGGAGCUUUCCUAUAAUUCUGUUGUGGACAUUAUCUUUGGCAUUUCUUAAUACCAAGCUGCCUUUUCUCUGUACUUUAUCUAUGCACACCACGUCUGAAUGGAAAACCACUACAAUGCCUUGUAUAUCUAAUAACAAGUUUAUGUACGUGUAUUUUGUAUAUAUUUGUAAUAGAAUUUGCAUCAAGCACUGAUCAAAUCGAAGGUUAAUAUUUUUCCGAAAGCAAAACCUUUUCUAUCAAAAAUAAAUUCAGUACUUUAAUAUUUC